CAGCAGCUGGAAAUAGACCAUUACAUUGGCAAUGCUCGGAAGGACAUGCCUGGACAACAAGCUGGUCGGGUGCCCAUCAUGCGUAUGUUUGGCGUCACAGACAACGGCAACUCAGUGUGCUGCCAUGUGCAUGGCUUCAGUCCUUACUUCUAUGUCAAAUGUCCACCUAUAUUUAAGGAACAGCAUCUUGCACCAUUCAAGACGGCUCUUGACCGGGCGCUGUUGGACGACAUGCGUAGCAACAAGGAGCAGAUUACCGACGCCGUGCUGGCUGUAGAUCUGGUCAGCAAGGAGUCCAUCUAUCAUUUCCACAACAACAAGAAAGUGCCGUUCCUGAAAAUAACUGUGGCGCUUCCACGACUCAUUGCUGCCUGCAAGAGAUUGCUUGGUGAUGGCAAAGUGGUUGUGGCAGAUAUCGGCACUCCGCCAUACGAGGCAUACGAGUCUAAUGUUGACUUUGAGCUUAGGUUCAUGGUAGACAAGGCACUUGUGGGAUGCUGUUGGGUGGAGUUACCUGCUGGCAAAUACACGGUGCGCUCUAAUAAAGAAAUGAUCACAAGCUGCCAGUUGGAAGUGGACGUCGCAUGGGAUAAGUUCAUCGCCCACCCUCCUGAGGGAGAUUGGGGGAGACUGGCUCCCUUUAGGACGCUCUCAUUUGACAUUGAACUGGCAUGGGCAGCAUUCGUGCGGCGGGUUGACCCCGAUAUCAUCACAGGCUACAACAUCAACAACUUCGACUUCCCAUACCUGAUAUACCGCGCACGCCACCUCAAAUGCUCGAAAUUCCCGUAUCUGGGCCGCGUCAACGCAAUUCAAUCAGUGGUGAAGACGACCAUGUUGCAGAGCAAGCAAAUGGGCAAGCGAGAAAAUAAAUCUGUCAACAUCGAAGGACGCACUCAGUUCGACGUGAUCCUUGUGCUGCUGAGGGAAUACAAGCUACGAUCCUACACUCUGAACGCCGUGUCCUACCACUUCCUAAAGGAGCAGAAGGAGGACGUGCAUCAUUCCAUCAUCACCAACCUCCAGAAUGGCAACGAUCAAACCAGAAGAAGAUUGGCGGUAUACUGCCUUAAGGACGCUUACCUGCCGCUGCGCCUCAUAGACAAGCUCAUGUGCGUCAUCAACUACAUGGAGAUGGCGAGGGUGACGGGCGUGCCGCUCUCCUACCUCCUCACCAGAGGACAGCAAAUUAAAGUCAUGUCGCAGCUUCUCAGGAAGGCUGCAGAACAGAACCUGGUGAUACCCGUGCACCAUGGUGUAGGUGACGACGAGUUCGAGGGCGCCACCGUGAUUGAGCCACGACGUGGCUAUUAUGAUACGCCCAUUGCCACGUUGGAUUUCUCUUCACUGUAUCCCUCCAUCAUGAUGGCCCACAACCUCUGCUACACUACAUUAAUAACUUCACCAAAGCACGCCGAGACCCUUGGGCUUACGUGCGAAGAUUACAUCAAGACACCGUCGGGGAAUUAUUUUGUCAAGUCCCACAAACGGAAGGGCUUACUACCUGAGAUCUUAGAGCAUCUUCUCGCAGCUCAUAAAAAGGCUAAAUCUGAUCUUAAGAAUGAGACAGACCCUCUUAGAAAGAAGGUGUUAGAUGGCCGUCAACUUGCACUAAAAAUCUCAGCGAACUCAGUGUACGGCUUCACUGGCGCGCAAGUUGGCGAUCUGCCUUGCUUGGAGAUCUCUCAGAGCGUCACGUCUUUCGGUCGUACGAUGAUUGCCUUCACGAAGGAAGAAGUGGAGAAACAGUUCAGAACUGAGAACGGCUAUGAGCACGACGCUGAAGUUAUCUAUGGAGACACCGCCUUUGUUAUGGUCAAGUUUGGAGUUACAACCGUGGCCGAGGCAAUGAAACUUGGCAAAGAAGCUGCUGGUUUUGUGUCGGCAAAGUUUGUCAACCCCAUCAAUCUUGAGUUUGAAAAGGUUUACUUCCCCUGCCUUUUGAUCAAUAAGAAGCGUUAUGCCGGUCUCUGCUUCACCAAGCCUGAUGUGCACGACAAGAUGGACUGCAAGGGCAUUGAGACGGUCAGAAGGGAUAUCGCUCCCAUCGUCGCUAAUCUUAUCAAUAACUGCCUACAAAAAAUUCUCAUCGACAGGAAUCCUAACGGCGCCGUGGAGUUUGCAAAGCAAACAAUUGCGGACCUUUUGUGUAACCGUAUCGACAUUUCACAACUCGUAAUAACGAAAGAGCUGACGAAGACGGAGAAAGACUACGCUGCUAAGCAGGCACACGUUGAGCUCGCCAGCAAAAUGAAGAAGCGCGAUGCUGGUAGCGCCCCCAAACUGGGCGACCGCGUGCCCUACGUCAUCAUUGCGGUCGCCAACGCCAAAAAAAUUCCAGCAUACAAAAAAGCAGAGGAUCCCAUGUACGUGUUGGAGAACAGUCUUCCCAUCGACUACGAAUACUACCUCACUAAUCAGUUAAGCAAGCCAUUGCUCAGGAUAUUCGAGCCAAUCCUGGGAGAUAAAGCUGAAUCCAAGCUAUUGCGAGGAGAUCACACGCGGACGCGCACCAUCUCCCACAGCAAAGCACCAUCACCCACAGUACCAUCUCCCAUGGCGAAAUUCAUCACCAAGAAAUACGCUUGCAUCGGCUGUAAAGUGCCCGUGGCCAGUGCCAGCGUAGCGCUCUGCAGUCAUUGCAAAAGCAAGGAAGAUGCCGUGUACAUGCAGCAAAUAUCUGUCCUCGCAUCUCUUGAGAGUAAAUUCAAUCGUCUGUGGACGCAGUGCCAGCGGUGCCAAGGCUCAUUGCACGAGGAGGUCAUAUGUACGAGUCGCGAUUGUCCCAUCUUCUACAUGCGGAAGAAAGUGCAGCUCGAGCUUACUGAUCAGGAUAAAAUCGUCGAGAGAUUUGGCGCCCCUUCCUGGUGAAAACAACGUGUUAGAAUAAACGUAUCACCUAUAUGCAACAUGUACUGCGAGUUGUCGGAUUCUAGCGUAACUUUUAUGUCUCUUGCCUUAUUUCCUGUAAGAGGAAGCACCCGCUUCUAAUAUCGCUCUCUAGCUUCUUGUCUUCAGCUUGAGCAGGUUCUAGCCGCUCUUAGUUACGGUGUUAAAGUAAACCUUAGCAGAAGA